CUUUUGUACUAAAUUCAUAAUUCUGUGCAAAUCGCAAAAUCACAACAUGGUUGGCGUGAUAAUCUGAAAAAAAAUAUAAUGACAAAGAGUGUUGCAAGCGCUUGACAAGCUGGGCUCUUGAAAGGGCGUUGAACUGCAGCCAAUAUACAUCCGACAUAAUAAGCCAAUGCAAAAUGAGAGAAAAGGCAGCGACACAGGUUGCGACCGGAGCAAUGUUAACGCGGUAUUACCAAGGAUCAACGACGACAACGGCGACGACGGCAGCCAUGGAUGCGCCGUUCCCGGAACAGGACCUCGGCGAUGCGUGUUUCUACCGCUGCCUCGCCUGCGCCGAGUGCUUCUUCACCGACUCCCAGUUCGUGUCGCACGCGAGGAGAAUUCACUGCAAGCUGCUGCUGUCGAGAGGACAGAACUCUGAGCCGAACUCGGCCGAGAACUCAGAGUUUCACUAUCGCGGUUUCGACGACGAAUCUGUCGGCGCAGAAUUCCUCGAUGUUGCCGGUGGACGCUACGCCGCGGGGACGUCAGUGGCGCCCCCUGCAUCGCUGCCCUGGCUCGCGUGCGAUCGCUAUGAUGACGACGCACGACAUCCUGCCGCGGAGGUUCGCGCGGUCACCCGCGGCGACGACGCGUUCCCACUGAUCGUAACGAGCGCGUACAGCGAGGCGCCAGCGAAUGACGCCAACGCGGCCGUGCAGGGGGCGCCGGUAAUCGCCGACGUGCGGUCGCCAAUGAUCGUCGAGACGGUGGACAGCGAUGGCGACGACGUGGUUGUCAUCGACGACGGCAGCGCGACGACGACGGGCGACGGGUUUGCCGGCGAGUUUCUGCGGUACGUCGGCGCAGACGACGCGCGGGCGAGCAACGAUGAUGAGCCGCCUGAUAGGAACCCGCGUGGACUCCUGGAAUUCCUUUCCUCCAAUCUGGUUGGCCGGCGUGAGAGCGAGUCUCAGUGGUCGUUGUGCAGUGUGAAGCAGGAGCCGGAAGCCGCUCUCACGGAGCAAACGCCGGGAGCGGAAUGCGAGAAUGUAUUCGUGGCGGCCAAGGAUCGCUGCAAUGCUAUGAACAGGGCAACCGGAGAGGGAAAAUCGUACUUGGCGAAACGAAAAUAUGCCAGGGGUAGCGGUAAGAAGGGCAUGUGCAACAUUUGUCAUAAGGUUUCACGGAAGUGCAAGUGUCUCAACGUACGUGGGUUUGUUGGCGCUGAUCUCAAGCCCAUCGUGUGUAACAUCUGUUGCGAAGCGUUUAAAAAAUCGAACAAUUUGGGAAACCACAUGAGAGUCCAUCCGAUUAAUCACGAGUACGCGCAAUGGUGUAACAUCUGUAAUGCACCAUUUAACCACGCAAAAGCACUAGCUAGCCACAUGCAACGUUGGCACACUCUCAUUGCUGAGUCGGUGUCAGAAGAUGCUGAUAGUACUGACUUUGUUAGCACAGAGGAAGACCAAACGAGAAUCUUAGAAGACUCUGUUAGCACAGAGGAAGACCAAAUAAGAAUCUUAGAAGACUUUGUUAGCACAGGGGAAGACCAAACGAGAAUCUUAGACGAGAACUGUCAAAAUUGCUCUAAAAGAUUCACUCCAGGCUUUGAGCUAAAUGGCCUCUUUUGCACGAAAUGUGAAAAAGCCAAAAAACCAUACAGGUGUCAUUUUUGCUCAAAGUCAUUCACUUCCAAGCAAUAUUUAACGCUGCAUUCAGCUGCACACAAUAAGAAAAAUCAGGUAAACUCAUCGAAAGUAUACAAGUGUCAUGUUUGUGAGAAGGAAUUCAAGUACAACAGCUGGUUACAAGCACACCAUGCUACUCACUUUAAACAGAACCGCGUGAAGAAGGAGGCGUCAUGUGCGAAAACGCCGCCGCUCAGUAACACUCGUAAGUCGCCUCGCAAUGAGUACAUGAAGAGGAGCGCUUAUACAUGCAACGUCUGUCAGAAGUCUUUCACAUGGCGGCGCGAGUUAAGAUCGCAUACGACCGAGCACUUGAAAGACAGACUGUAUAAGUGCGACAUCUGCAAUAAGGAAUUCAAGUAUGCCGCGUGGUUCAGAGCACACAAGUUGCGUCACAAACGAGAAGGUGGCGUCACAGGUCCUAGGGAAAGCCUGCAGCAUCACGAUGAGGCAAGCAUAACUGCAGAUAUCGAUCUAGACGAUGAGAAGAAUGAAAUGGUGGACAAUAGCAUAGGUGAGUGUGGUGAGACUAGAUACAGCUCCUUAGAAGACACAGGCGAAACUCAAGGCAGUAACCCAGAUGAGAGAGGCGAAACUACCAACGUCGACUGCAUGCCAGGUAGGAGCAAUGCAGCUUCAAGAAAUGGCGCGGGCGUGGGUGAUAAAACCAGAGAGGACAGCCCAGUGAAUGGCAAUGGGACUACGGACAACGCUCUAGUACAAGUCUGUGCAGUGAUGCUGGAUAACCGAUUUCAGCUGAGGGAAGCAGCAGACAGCAGUUCAACAGACAGCUCAGAAACUCUGACCUACAGCCCGAUGGAGAGCUGUGAGACUCUGAGCACGACCCCAGCAGAGGACCGCAAAUCAUUUAACUACAGCCCAGUAGCGGGCUUAAAAACUACAAACAGUGGUCCAGUAGACAGCUAUACAGCUGCGGAUAUUGAUCUAGACGAUGAGAAGAAUGAAAUGGCGGACAAUAGCAUAGGUGAGUGUGGUGAGACUAAAUACAGCUCCUUAGAAGACACAGGCGAAAUUACAGGCAGUAACCCAGAUGAGAGAGUCGAAACUACCAACGUCGACUGCGUGCCAGGUAGGAGCAAUGCAGCUUCAAGAAAUGGCGCGGGCGUGGGUGAUAAAGCCAGAGAGGACGGCCCAGUGAAUGGCAACGGGGCUACGGACAACGCUCUAGUACAGGUCCGUGCAGUGACGCUGGAUAACCGAUUUCAGCUGAGGGAAGCAGCAGGCAACAGUUCUACAGACAGCUCUGAAACUCUGACCUACAGCCCGAUGGAGAGCUGUGAGACUCUGAGCACGACCCCAGCAGAGGACCGCAAGUCAUUUAACUACAGCCCAGUAGCGGGCUUAAAAACUACAAACAGUGGUCCAGUAGACAGCUAUACAGCUGCGGAUAUUGAUUUAGUAGAUGGUUAUAUGCCAAUGGACAGUGGUCCAAUAGAUAGCCAUACACCUACAGACAAUGAUCCAGGAGUGCUGUAACUUGUAAGGCCAUAGACAGCAGCUCUCUGGAAGUCUGUGAAACAUUGGACCAGAGCCAAGUAGAGAGCUACGAAAUCUUAUAAUACAAACCAGGGCUGCAAAGGUACAUCCUAGGUGAGCACUGUAAAGCUGCAGGUGUUGCUGUAGAGGGGAGAGAAUGAGAGAGAUCACGCACAGAUGUCUGAAGAGAUAUUAAAGGCAAAAGGUCAGGAGACAUCAGUUCUCAGAAACAUUAUACAUAGUGGUUAGAGACGAUUGACAAUAAUAGACGAUUGGAGGUCAAAACUGAUUAUUAUCAGUUAGCUUUGAGAAAGCCUCCUGGCAGGAGGCGAAACGUAAGCGAUACGUUUUCAAUUUUCACGGUUGAGUAAAAAUUAACCCUGUUAUAUAAUAUUAUUAGUCUACCAAACGAAUGUACUUAUUUAAUAUGAUACAUAGUUAUGACAUCACAAAUCUAAAAUGUCGUAACUUUUGAAGUGAAGUGUCAUGCAAAAGUCAUGCAUUUUAGAAUUAUGAUUGGCAUAACUAUUUUAGACAAUUUGGAAUUUUGAUAGACAUAACUAACUUUGAUGUUCCUGACAAUUAAUCGGCCCUGGCAUUUAGAUUUUCUCGGGCAAUUUAGAUUUUGGCCCAGAACCCCGCCCACUGACGAUUGACAGGGUUUGGAACUGCUGUUUUAACAUGCAACUCACAUCACAGGCGGUGAUAUUUAGUGAUACUUUCUGCAUCUGUUUUCUGCUGGAAGUUUCCAGAAGUUUCUGAGAAAAUUCCAGAUUCUAUACUUUUGAUUUGGAGUUAAUUUACAUCAGCACCGGUGAAGAAACAGGAAACUGUAGUUUAGUCAAAUCGACAUCGUUUUUAUUGUUGUGUUAACUGCACCUCACUACAGUUUAUUACUUACUCGUCUCCUAGAACAUUGUAGAUAAUUUAGUCAACAUUUCAUCAGGUAAUGAAUGUGCGUAUGGGAAAUUUUGGCUUGGCACUAGAGACUAGAAAAAAUGUUGUGACUUGUUCAAUGGUGCCAGAUUUUCUUAUACCUUGAUAUUCAGUCUUAAACUGUUAAUGGUUUUUGUGAAACCAAGAUGAUGAGAAAACAAACAAAAUUCAGAACUUUACGGUAGGUUUCGCAUUAUGAAGCAAUAUAUUCGUUCCAGCUGUUUGAACAAGUUUUGUUAGUAUAUUUAAAAGUUGUUAAAAACUUGUUAGCAUUACCGAGUACUUAGAAAGGCAAGGUCGUCAAGAUAUGGCAAAUUUAAUUAAAGAGAAGUUUGAAGACGAACAUGAAAAAUAUGAAAGCAGACACAUUGAAAUAAGGCUAAAGAAAUAAUUCUGAGAAACUAAUCUGAAUAUCGAUAUCAUAUGUGUGUGCGUGCGUGUGUGCGUGCGUGUGUGCGCCAAGGCCUUAAAUUAUGAGUGAGUUAACUUUGGUAACAACUAGCAGCUGUAGACAUUGACAGAUAGUUCGUGUAUGAACAUCACAUAGGAUUCUAUUUUUAUUUGGGUAAUUAAUUUUAAUGUGAACAAAUAGUAUAAAAUACGCCAAGUUCUGUAGUGUCCAAAUUGAAUUUUAUUAUAGCAUUUAACCUAUUGUUUUUACAAUCCCCGUGAGCAUCGAAAAUCUAUAAUCGAAAUAUUCGUAAAUUAAGGUCUUGGUGUGUGUACAUAUGCACGCGCCCACAGAAACACAAAUAUGGGGUAUGUGUCCUACGUACUAAGAAGAACUUGCUUCUGCAGAUGUGACUUUUAGGGCUUGUUGAAGCAGCCUAACAAUUACAACACUGUUUGAGCAAUUAAUUGGCAGCACUGCCAGAACCAUGCUGCCAUUAUUUGUACAUAACACUGUGCUGACAUUUCAACGAAGCUUCGCAGGCCGACCCAUAUAUAGAACUUAGGCCUACAUGUCAAUCAGGGGUAUGGAAGGUCCCUGGAAGGUAGUCAGUAUGUUGGAUGUGUAGGUAUUUAUUGUCAGCGCCAUCUAGUGGUGACUAUGUGUAUUGUACCCGUGUAUUAGCACUAGCAGCAUUCGGCUCUUGUGCAAACGUAUUAUGAUCAUUCACCGGUUUCUAAGAAGGUUAGAGUGUGAAUCAGUCCCGGGGGGGGGGGGGUCACUCUCUCUUAGAACAUUACCCCAUGUGCAUACUCACUAAAAAUAAUAGGCUCCCUAGUGCGAACUGCACAUUGGAAAACCCUACCCCUAUUGCAGACACAAUUG